GAAUGACCUUGAACUGCACUACAACUGUUGCUAACUUCACUGUAGUUUUUCCCGCAGUUUGGCGUCCACAAGACAUAAAAUUAUUAAAAAGAGAUUUCUAUGUAUUUAGAUCAAUAGGACAUAUUUUACAUUCGUUAUUAAUAAUAUAGUGACGCUUUAAUGAUAUGAUCAUGUUUUACCUGUGAUUGUUUUGUUUGAACUCUUGUGCUGUGGUGAUUUUGUGUACAUCGGGUCGGUCGGGAACACAGGCCCACGUCUAUGACUUUUAUUCAGCAUGGCGGAAAUAGUGUACCCACAAGGCUGUCGCCCCAUCACCGAUGACCUAGGUCCAGAUGAACUGGUCCGAAGACUCAAGGUACUGGCCCAUACCCUGCAGGGUUUGGGCCAGGAUGAGGGUAUGUACCAGCAGUACAUUCCACUGGCGCUACACCUGGCUGACGACUUCUUCCUGACACACCCGUCACGUGACGUCCAGCUGCUCAUAGCAUGCUGUAUCGCUGAUGUACUUAGGGUAUACGCACCUGAGGCGCCUUAUAAAGACCAGGAACAGGUGAAGACAAUAUUUCUGUUCCUCAUCAACCAGCUCCAAGGUCUGCGAGACCCGAAGGACCCAGCCUUCAAACGCUACUUCUACUUACUAGAGAACCUCGCCUAUGUGAAGUCAUUCAACAUGUGCUUCGAGCUGGAGGACUGCCAGGAAAUAUUCUGCGAGCUGUUCUCACUCAUGUUCAAGAUUGUUAACACUGAGCACUCGUCAAAGGUGAAAUCUUUCAUGUUGGACGUGCUGUGCCCGCUGAUCACGGAGUCGGAUGUAGUGUCGAACGAGCUGCUGAACGUGAUCCUGAUCAACCUGGUGGAGCCGAACAAGCGCGAGCACAAGCACGCCUACAACCUGGCCAAGGAGCUCAUCGUCAAGACCAGUGAGACUCUCGAGCCCUACAUACAGGGGUUCUUCAAUCACGUCCUAAUUCUCGGCAAAGAAGAAAAAUCAUUGGCGAUAUUCUCAAAAGUGUACGAGUUAAUAUACGAAUUAUACCAAUGCUGCGCUAGCAUCCUAUUGGCCGUCUUACCCCAGCUCGAGUGCAAGCUAAAAUCGGCCCAAUUCCAAGAGAGACUAAGCGGAGUUGCCUUGCUCGCUAGGAUGUUUUCGGAACCUGGUUCAGAACUCGCCAAGCAAUAUCCAGCUUUAUGGCGAGCGUUUUUAGGGCGAUUCAACGAUAUCUCCGUACCGAUAAGAAUCAAAUGCGUCCAAUACUGCAUGCAUUUUUUGGUGCAUCAUCCGGAUUUGAGGAAGGAUAUAACAGAUACGUUGAAACUGAGGCAACACGAUGCUCAUGAGCAAGUGCGCUACGAAGUUGUUAUGGCCAUCAUUGCUACGGCCCAGAGGGAUUUCCAAGCGGUAGCUGAGUCUGAAGACUUACUACAUUUCGUUAGAGAAAGAACUCUUGAUAAGAAGUUCAAAAUUCGCAAAGAAGCGAUGUCGGGUUUGGCGAUGAUUUACAAGAAAUUCUUAACAGAAGAAAGCGUCCCGCCCGCGACUGAGCGCGCUGUACAGUGGAUCAAAGAUAAAAUAUUACACGGGUAUUACAUGACCGCUUUAGAAGACAGACUAUUAGUCGAACGACUUCUAAACACAUCUUUAGUCCCUUAUACUCUGCCUGCUCCGAUUCGCAUGAAGAAGUUAUAUUAUUUGAUGUCAAAUGUCGAUGAUAACGCGACAAAAGCGUUUAUUGAGCUUCAAAAACACCAGUUGGCCGUAAGACGUACUGUCGCAGAAUGGAUAGAUUUACAUAGGAAGCCGCAAACGCCGGCGGUACAAAAGGAAUUGAUCGCUAAGGUCUUACACAUAAGUUCCAAAUUCCUACCAGAGUCAGUGAAGGCGCAGGAGUUUUUGAACAAAUUCUCGGCGCAUAUGAAAAUGGCCCCGGAGUUGUUGGCGGGAAUGGAGACCAUUUUGAACCCGAAUGUGAGCUGUGAAGUUUGCGUGCGCACCACUUCAAAUGUCCUGAAGAAACUAGGCCAGCCAGUCAUGACGAACUUGUACUAUAACACGGUCAAAAUGCUUCUCGAACGAGUCAGCUCAGUGAUGAUUGACCACGAUUCUCUGCUCAUACUGGUCGGCUAUGUGGAAGGUGCCGUGAAGGGCACUGACCCGGCCAUAGCGGAAGAAUGUGGCAUAGACAUAAAGAAAGCGGCGGAACGCGGCUUGAAACUACUAGUUAUGCUGUCGUUCGUGUUCCCCGCACAUUUCCUGCACGAAGACGUUCUGGAUCGGCUCACUUCUCUGCUGGAGUUGGACGACGAAAGCGUCGCGCCGCAUAUACUCGCCGCGCUCACUUUCCUUGGCAAAUACCGACCUCUAAGCGAGGCGUGCCCGACAUUAUUCCCAAGACUGAUCACACUCUGCAAAGCUUACGCUGAAGUUGGUACUCCGAAACAGGCCAAGAACGCUGUCAGAUGUCUGUUCGUGAACGUGCCCGAUCAGCGCACGCAGAUCUUCACAGAAAUCCUGGACACUCUGAAGGCGACUCUCAACCCGCAGUCGGAGCACUACCGCACGGCCAUCGUCACGCUAGGACACAUCGCACAUAACUUGCCCGACAACUUCCCAGUACACAUCAAGAAUAUUGUGUCCAGAAAGAUAGUGAAAGAGCUUCUAGUCCGCGAAGGCGGCGGCGGGCCCAACGCGCCCGAAGGGGAGUGGUGUAGCGAGGAGGAGUUGCCCGAGGAAACCCGCUGCAAGCUGGAGGGGCUCAAAUGUAUGGCGCGGUGGCUGCUGGGCCUCAAGAAGGACGAGCUGUCUGCACAGAAGACCUUUAGGAUGCUUAACGCUUUUAUUGUGCAUAAAGGAGAUCUGUUGCAGCAAAAGCAGGUGUCCCGCGCGGAGAUGGCGCACCUGCGGCUGGCGGCGGGCGCGGCCAUGCUCAAGGUGUGCGAACAGAAGGGCGUCGGCGACCAGUUCACCGCCGAACAGUUCUACAACCUCUCGCAUCUCAUCAUCGAUGAAGUUCCACAAGUCAGAGAAACAUUCGCUGCAAAAUUACAUAAAGGAUUAUCAAAGGGUAUCCCGAACAAAUGUCUGCCGCUGGACUUCAUGGGCAUGUACGCGCUGGGGGGGCGGGAACCGGACAGACGCAUCCGGGGGCUGCUGCGGCAGUACAUGCUGGCCGACGUCGUGCGGCGCCGCGAGUACGUGCGCAACAUCACCGUGGGCACUAAAGUGGAGCGCGCGGUGAGCCAGCUGCCGCACAUCCUGCCGGACUACAUGCUGGUGUUCGCGGUGCCCGUGCUCACGCACGACCCCGCCUUCACCGCCUACGACAACGUCGCGCAGCUCAAGGUGGUGAAGAAUUGUUUAUGGUUCAUCCUGGAACCGCUGAUCACCCGCAACGAUUUGUACUGCUACGGGUUCUACAAGAGCCUGGUGGAGAGGAUGAAGUGUCACAAGGACGCCCUCAAUGAGACUGACGAUUCUGUUAACUAUAAAAUGUGGGCGACGUGCGACCUGGCGAUGUCCGUGAUCUGGUCGCGGUCGGCGUCGUUCGAGCUGCGCGAGUUCCCGGCGGACGCGCGCGUGCCGCGCAUGUACUUCGCGCCGCAGCCCGACUACUUCGUCAACACGCGCGUCUUCCUGCCGCCGGAGCUGCAGUUCCAGCCGAAGCGGUCGCAGCCCUCGGAGGCGGGCAAUGCCCGCGGUAAAAAACGCGCUAGACCCGCACCUGAACCCACCAACACCAACGAUGUUGAGCUGCCGGUGUCGAGGUCGGGCAGUAUCGACGCUAAGGUAAUGCUGUGUAGAUCCGACGACUUCUGUCUCGACCUUCCAUCAGAAGCGUCCGACACUCAGAUACAACUGCCCGGCUUGGAACAACCUCCCGAAACGGAUUUAGAAGAACCCGCGACCAAGCGGACACUCAGCGAGUGAGUACUACGACACCGCUACCCCACCGGUGGGCUAACACAAGGCAAUGUCUUAUGAGGUUCCGAUACGGUCACAGAUAGCACUGUUAUACUGUAGACAGAGAAAACUAGAGACGCCGUUAGAUCUUUCGCGAAUACAAGAAAGAGAUACGUGUAUAUACGAGAUGUUUUGUCCCUCAUCGUGUGCCCGGUACGCCUAUCUUGCCGCUGUGUACGAUGUAGGCUUGCAAGUAGUAUAGAAAUUUUCUAUGUCACUUGGCUACGUUUGGUCGUUGUCUGUAGUUUUUUCUAUCGAUCAGUUUUCGUUUUUCAAUAUUUGUCGGUACUCAGAAUUUUGGAGUUUAUACUAAUUUCUUGUACAUCUUGAUAUAAUCGUGUAAUUGUUAUGUAAAAAUACCUAUAAAAUUGUACUACUGUCGCACGAUAUGUCGUUUUAAAUGAGACAGUCUUGUGUUUUUUUCCUACAAUAAAAUAAACCUAAAUCUUCUUUAAAUUGUGCUGUUUAAAUUGUAUAUUUUGACAUUGCAAUCAAAUUUACUCUAUUUUUUUUUUAUUCUGGAGUAUCAUAUAUUUUGAGAAAUCUGAAAUAAAUAAAAUUUGAGAAGUGGAUAUUAAAUUGUAUAAUGACAAAUUGUUCUAGUAUGUACUUUAAUGUGUAAACAUGUGAAUACAUUUGAACCUUAUUUGAACCAUUAUUAUGGGCGAAUACAUCAUUUCGAACGCCCAUUCGGGUUUUGAUACGCUUAAAUAUUGAAGACUGGCUAAAAUCCACGGUAUUGUCAUGCGAAGCCGCUAUAGACUUUAUUAUAAUGAUGAUAAAGUAUGAAUUCCCUUUUGGAGAUUUUGUUACGUGAGUAACAGUUUAAUCGCGCGGGAUAUGCCAUUUUGAGAAGUUUUUGACAUUGACAGUUUAACAGCUUUUUCUGUGGACCGAAAUGGUACAGUCCAUAUUUUGUGCAUAUGAGGAAAUAAAUUUCAUAUUUUGUUGUGUGGAUUUAUAAAGAUGAAUACAAAAUGUCCCUUAAUAAAUUUUGUAAAAUAGCUGUUUUGUAUAAUACCCUGCCACAAUUUCUUGAAAUAUCUGCGAAUAUUGUUGGCACGAUAUUAAAAACUUACAUUUAUCUGUUAUAUAAAAAAAAAUCAACCAUGUUAUAAAAAGAUUUCAAUUUCGUUUUGCAUCUCAAACCAUAAUUAAGAUUUUCACGAGAUUCACCCUAUUUUAAAUGCACUUGUCUUAUUUAUUUCACCAGAGUAAUGUAAAUGCUAAAAAAUAUAUUACCAUAUUUUGUUAGUAUAUUAACCCGACAAAUAAAAUUUAAAUAUUUGACAAAAGAAUUCCAAUUAAUUAAAUCAGAAUUGGAGAAACGAUUUAUAUUCUGACAAUAUUAAUGUUAAUUUUAAUAUACUGUGGUAAAUGGCUCGAUACGAAAAUAGUAUACUCGAAUGCUGCAGGACAGGCUAUGAUAUUUUUAUAUCAUUUUAUUGAUAAUUUAAACAUCUUACUAAAUAUUUAUGUGAAAGUUUGUCUGUUACGUGAAAGCGGCUGGGCACUUACAGCUGGGCUGAUUUUGGUGAAAUUCAGAAAAUAUUGCGAAGACAAAGAAAACUAUAGACUUUGUCAUAUCUUUCGUUUUGCUCAAACAAGAAAUAGAAACGCAUAUUAGAAAUACACGAGAACAACUUGUAUGAUAUAGGCCGGGAUGUUGUAUAGUAAUGUUCUAUCUCAUUCAACUACGCUAGCUCGUUGUCUAUAGUUUUCUUUGUCUUUGUUACAUAUGGUGUCGCCAUCUGUGUUAAGCUUUGCAAAGUGUUCACUAUUGAUCUGAUAACAAAAGCAAUUGCGCGACGUGUAAUAUCCAAAAUUGAUUUGGAAAAAGCGUUUCUGUAUUGGAACAAGCUGCAUUUGUGGAAAUGGCAACACUAUCGAUGUAUCUAAAGUGUUAAUUUUAAGCGGGAUAUGACAGGCGUAAUGUCUCAUACAUUUCAAUUGGUUACACCGAUUCGUUACAUGGCCUCUCCUGUGUUAUCCUAAUGGCUCCUAGCUUUCCAACUAUGGUAUAUUGCCACUUGAAUUUACAUUUUAUUUGGCACAGUUAAGGUUCAAAGUAGAAAAUAUUUAUGGGUAUUAUAUUGUGACUGAAAUGAAUACUAAUUUUUGAGCUAUUUCUGGAAGAUUCUCAAUAAACCUCGCCCAGAGUGUGAUUCGGCUAUCAUAAAAUAAUAAUAGUUUCCAAAUGGUUUUUCAAUAGCAGUUCGUAUUGCGUGUGAUUGAAGAUCAAUGGAGCCACUGUUUGAACUCAACGUUAGCAGAAUCAAUAAAUACCCUGUUGGGAAGGUAGCAGAAGCUAAAGAGAGAAGUCUGUAUUAUAGUUUUUUUUUAUUAUUUUGAUUUAAUUAUAAUUGUUUGCGCGUUGUUUAGUUGUAAUUAGUUCGGCUGGUCGAUCCUACUUUAUGUAAAUUGCGCGCCUAUGCGUCUUAUGUUUAAGCAACUAAUAUUUUUAUAGUGUUAUAUCAAAGUUAAAAAUGUUAAUUUAAAAUAAUUUCGCUUUGUUAGAAGGUAAAAAUGACUAACUUCAUGACCUUAUUAUAGGGCACAACAGUUACUGUCGAAUAUGAAAUGAUUUUCAUAGCAAAUGAAAAAAUAUCAACAUUUCCUUUUUUCCUGAAUCGCAGUUUAAAAUUAAAUAAAAAUAAAAUGGUAAAGACCGAAUCAUUGUGUGGUUGGAUUGCGAACGUCACAUGAAAUGGUAAACUAAUUGACUUCACCACUCAUACGUGAUGCCCACGCUACAGGCCUGGCCUAGUGUGGGAUCGCUAGGUAUCUACUCCGACUUUGUAAUAUUAUUGUGACUUCAAUUGAGCACAUAAAAUAUAUACUUCUAAAUACUUAGUUCCUCUUGCCGUGGGCGUGUGAAGUUGUUUUGGCUCCAGUCCACCUCCCAAUAUAACUAUUGAUGAUGUAUAUAGUUUAUUGUGAAAAAAUACAUUAAUUUUCAUUUAAUUUCAUCAACUGCAUGUAUUUCUUUUCGAUACAUAAAAUAUUCUAUAAAUAAACCAAUAUUCGUUUCAUUGUUGACUUUGGUAUAACACUUAAAAUGUCGUAGUAUAAAACGCCGUGAAAUUCAAACGUGUGAAGUGACUUCUACAUUGGCAUACUAAUCGUGACGAAAUGGAGAAAGCUAUUUUAUCGAAUGAACAAUGUAAUUGAACGUGUUAAAUUUAACGUUAAUUUUCUCAAAUUUUAAAUAAAAUAAUAUCAUGGCAGUGGUUUUAUUACUGCGCUUAAUUUUUAAUGUUCGCACGUUUUUUGCAAUGGCGAUACAAUUUAAUUAUGUUUAUUUUAAGUGUACCAAAAAGUCCUGUGACGGCGGCGAGCGGUCGCCGCAGUGAUGAUUCUCUGUAGUUAUGUAUUAAAAUAAAUAAUAAACAUAUAAA